GCUCCAAGAAGUCCUCCAGCGCUAUGGUAAUGGUUAACCAGAUAAUUCAUUUAGGGGUGGGAAUAGAAAACAGUCAGAAGUUAAGUCUAUCUUCUGGUCUGGUUUUUGCCCGCGCGCCGUCAAUGAGUUGAAUUCAUUCAUAGCAGGACUCAGAAUGGAGGGGACUUUGCAACAAGAGAAACAAGAGUCGGAAUAUGAAAAUCCGAAUGAGGAACAAGGCGGGAUCCGUCGACGAUUGAGGGACAGGGAUCUUCUCAGGAAGAGAAAGGCUGAAGCAGAAGAAAAGGAAACUAACCAGUGGGUUUUGGGGGUGGAGAGCCAGAGGAAAAGACCAAGGGCCGGGGACAGGAGUGGUGCAAAGAAAAAAGGAAGGCCCAGGAAGAGUGAACCCACGCCGGAGAUAUCUGUCAUUCAGGAAGAGGCAGCAGCGCCUCAGGAAGCUCCUGCAGUAGUGGUGGUGCCUGAACCAGCUGAGGUCAUCCCAGCUCAAACAUCAGGCUCUCUACCCCCCUUACGUGCUGUGGAGUCACAACCAGCAUCUGUCCUCGCUGCUCCUACUCCUCUGCCAGUGUUUGGAUCCAUCCAAAGCCCUUUGUUUGCUCCUACUCUGACCCCUUCAGCUCCUGUAAUCCCGACUCCAGCCCUGUUUUCACCCUCAGUUCCUGCUCCAGCUCCCACCAAAGAUAUAGAUACUGCUCCGAUCCCUGUUCAAGAUCUGGAUCCAGCUCCAGAUGCUGUUCCAGCCCCAGUCCUGACCCAAGUCCCAGAUCCGGCAGCUCCUGCCCCUCCUGCAGCUCCCCCUCAGGUGGAAACCCUUUACGUAGAGUCCCAAGACAGUGAGCCCUUUGUCCUGAUUGAGGAUUUGGGCCCAGAUGAGGAGGAAGACCUCCGUCUGUCUGAAGACAAAAGAGCUGAUGAAGAUAUGAGUGGGACACCAUCGAUCAACGUACCUGAACAAAACAAAAUGUUCUCCACCUUGUCCUCGCCGCCUCCUCCACAAGAAUAUCUCCCAGGAAAUUCAUUCUAAUUAUCUGAAAGACACAUUUCAGAUUCUGCCUCAAUUCAUAAACACAGAAACCAGACUACAUCCUUUUUGGUUACAGUUUGUGUCUGAGUAUUAUUCUGGUUAGUGUGCAGCUUGUUGUUUGAACAGAACAAACAUUUUGAGCAUAUGCAUCGCUUUUUUUGACAAAUGUAUGAAUUCAAACCAAACCUGUACGCUUAUUUAUUCUAACUCUAUUUUGUAUUUUGCAUUUAGCAAACAGCAAAUUAAGCUUUUAUUUAAAAGUAAAUAAGUAUGAAUUGAUGGUAAUUAUGCAUUCAUAAUUGUGGAUUUAUUUGACUGAAUUUUGUAAAAGUUGUUUUUUCAUCUAAUAAAAUACACUGCCAACAA